CUUUCUCAAACCUUGCAGCGAUGGAGGCCAAGCUUAAAUUCCUCCAUGGAACACUUGAAAUUGUUGUUUUUUAUGCCACACCAUACACCCCUUCAUUUCCCUUCAAUUGCAUUGCUGCGAAUGGAAAGCCUAGUUAUGUAACAAUCAAGUUAGACAACAAGAAGGUGGCAAAGACGAGCCAUGAGCGCGACAGAGUUUGGAAUCAAACCUUCCAAAUUCUAUGUGCUCAUCCGUGUGAUUCAACUAUCACCAUCACUUUGAAAACUAAGUGCUCAAUCUUGGGAAAACUCCACAUCCAAGCUCAUGAGAUACUUCAUAAAGCGAGUUUCAUUAAUGGGUUCUUUCCUCUAACAAUGGAGAAUGGAAAGCCGAGCCCACAGCUCAAGCUCAGGCUCAUGUUAUGGUUCAAACCAGCAGUGUUUGAGCCCACCUGGGGGGCGGUCCUUGAUAAUGGUGCAUUCCAGGGCCUCAGGAAUGCUACAUUUCCUCAAAGAUCCAAUUGCCAUGUCAAACUUUACCAUGAUGCUCAUCAUUGCUCUACAUUUCAGCCCCCAUUUGAUCUCUGUGGCUCUCCAGGCAAGCUGUGGGAGGAUGUUUACAGGGCCAUUGAAGGUGCAAAGCAUUUGAUUUACAUUGCAGGCUGGUCUCUCAAUCCCAAGAUGGUUCUGGUUCGCGAUCCAGAAACAGAUAUCCCAUAUGCAAAAGGAGUGAAGCUUGGUGAAUUGCUGAAAAAUAAAGCUGAGGAAGGUGUAGCUGUGAGGAUCAUGCUAUGGGAUGAUGAAACAUCCCUACCAGUAAUCAAGAACCAAGGGUUGAUGAGAACUCAUGAUGAAGAUGCUUUUGCAUACUUCAAACACACUAAAGUUAUAUGCCAAUUAUGUCCUAGAUUACACCACAAGUUCCCCACUUUAUUUGCUCAUCACCAAAAGACUAUAACUGUAGACGCUAGGGCACAAAAUUCUUUCAGUGACAGAGAAAUCAUGAGCUUUGUUGGUGGCUUAGAUCUCUGUGAUGGCCGCUAUGACACAGAAAAACAUUCCUUGUUUCACUCUCUUAACAAAGAAUCACACUGUUUUGAUUUCUAUCAGACAAAUUUCGCCGGCUCUAGCCUUCACAAGGGGGGGCCAAGAGAGCCAUGGCAUGAUGUUCAUGCUUGUAUCACUGGUGAGGCUGCUUGGGAUGUGCUAACAAAUUUUGAGCAAAGAUGGACUAAACAAUGUAACCCUUCUUUGUUGACCCCAAUUAGCAGCAAUUCAAAUCUACUUCUCCAAUCUAAUAUUCCUUCAACUUCAAGCAAUUCCAAUGCAAGAAACUGGAAGGUGCAAGUUUUCAGAUCAAUCGACCAUGUCUCAGCUACCCAACUAGCUAAAAACUUAACUGUGGAGCAAAGUAUACAUGAAGGUUAUGUUGAAGCAAUAAGGCGGGCUGAGAGGUUUAUAUACAUUGAGAAUCAAUACUUCAUUGGAGGAUGCCAUUUGUGGGAGAAAGAUAAGCACAGUGGCUGCAGAAACCUGAUUCCUAUUGAGAUAGGGCUCAAGGUGGUGAGUAAGAUUUGGGCAAAAGAGAGGUUUGCAGUGUAUAUAUUGAUACCAAUGUGGCCUGAAGGACAGCCUGACAGUGAACCUGUUCAGGAUAUAUUGCAUUGGACAAGAGAAACAAUGAAAAUGAUGUAUAACUUGAUUGGAGAAGCUAUACAACAAAGUGGAGAGGAGGGUCAUCCUAGAGAUUAUUUGAACUUCUUCUGUCUUGCAAACAGGGAAGAAAAGAGCAAUGGAGAGUUUGUCCCACCAUAUUCUCCUCAUCCCUUGACACAAUAUUGGAAUGCUCAGAGGCACAGGAGGUUCAUGGUGUAUGUGCACUCAAAGCUCAUGAUAGUGGAUGAUGCAUACCUUCUGGUAGGAUCAGCAAAUGUAAACCAAAGAUCCAUGGAUGGACAAAGAGACACUGAAAUUGCAAUAGGGUGCUACCAGCUGCCCAAAAAUGGAGCUAAAAACUACACAAGCCAUGCAGAUAUCCAUGCAUACAGAAUGUCACUGUGGUAUGAGCACACAGGAGUUGCUGAUGAGUUGUUCAAGGAGCCUCAAAACCUGGAAUGUGUACAGAAAAUAUGUUCAAUAGGAGAGCAUAUGUGGAAAAUCUAUAGUGGGGAAGAAGUGGUAGACAUGGAAGGUGUGCACCUUCUAACUUACCCUGUGAAUGUCACAGAGGAUGGCUUGGUUGAGGAUCUUGUUGAUGGUGGUGGCUAUUUUCCUGAUACAAAAACUCUGGUGAAGGGAAAGAGAUCAAAAGUGUUGCCUCCUAUUUUCACCACAUAGACAUAGUUUGUAAUACAUGUACAUUUAACUAACUAAUGAAUCUGUGAGAACAUCACACAUUUUCAUUAACUGAUUGUACAAGUAUCCCAAUAACAAUAAUACUUCUC